UGUCAUCCUUGUCUCCCCCUUUCAAUUCUCCUUAACCACAGGCAAGCUCACUACCGAUUCGUGUAAGAAACUUGAUCAGAAUCAUCAUCCCUAUAAAAAACCCAAAAAAUUAUCCACUUUCCCCCUUUUUACAACCCUAAUUAACCAUAUUUCUUACAAUCUUGUAUACAUGGUUACUGAUAGCUCUCCCAAUUUCGACGAUGGAGCUGACAUUUUCUCCCCAAUGGUGCCUAGUGAAAGUGAUUCCAUGGUGGGAAAGAGGAAAGAAAUGACAGGUCUCGAGCUCGAAGGGAGCAGGAGGAAGAAAAAGAAGAAGCAAGGUGGUACACCUCGUCCUGCUUGUUCUUGGGUACAUUUUAGCCGUGAGUUCAUUAAGGAAUACAGUGCUUCCCAUCCUGAAUCCUCUGGUCUGAAAGUUGCGACAAAAGCGGCCUCAGACGCUUGGAAAGUGAUGACCCUUGAAGAAAAAGCAAAAUACACCAAGCGUGCUCGUGAAGUGUGGGAUGACUACUUGAGUUCUGCUCCCGCCCGUGAACCUAAACCUAGAAAGCAGGCCAAUUUAGUCACAAGGUGUUCUCCUGGUCGUCUAGUCAACGUGUUAAAACACUUCACAAGUGACCAAAAGGAAGCUGUGAAGAGCAUGGGAUUUGGCAGCCUUCUUGAUCUCAAAUGUAGAACUCUGAGGCGCAGCUUGUGCCUAUGGUUGCUAGAAAGAUUUAACACCAUAAGGCGUAGCUUAGAGAUUUGUGGUGAACGAAUUCCUUUGUACCCGCAUGAUGUGGAACUUGUGAUGGGAUUACCAGCUACUGGUAAGGAUGUGGUAAACUCGGGGCCUGAUGACUUGGUUGCCGAAUUGCGUCAAAAGUACAACGCUUCAAAUCGAGGAAUUUCAGUUCGUUUUCUAGAAGAAAGGUUGGGACAACCAGAAGCAGGAGAUGAUUUUAAGAGAGCGUUUCUUCUCUAUGUUUUAGGAACUCUUUUGUGCCCUACGGCAAGGCUAGACGUUAGCCCUUCAUUUCUUCAUCUUUUGACGGAUAUGGAUUCUAUUCAUGAGUACAAUUGGGCAAAAUUCUUGCUUGAUAGGCUCGUUAGGGAGGUAUCUCGUUAUCGGCAAGGGAAACAGCGUGCAGUGGGUGGUUGUCUUCUAUUUCUUCAGCUCUUUUACUACGAGAGUGUUGCCAUUGGAGGAACUUGUGAACCUGGACCGGUUGUUGUUCCAUGCUUAUCCUCGUGGACAGAAGAAGCUAUUUCUGAGAGAGAAAAACAGGAGAAAGAGCUUGGUGGUUAUGGAUGUGGAGAGGUGAUUUGCAAGGAGAGAGGUCUUGGAUUGGGGUUGUUAAAUGAUAGGGAUCAUGUCGACGUGCUCCCAUUGAGAGAGGUGGCUGCUAGAGUUAAUCGUGGUACUCUGGUUCGACAAGAUGAAAACCUGGAAAACGUACCAUUUGCUUACAAGAACGAAAACACACCGCCUGUGCGGAUUGAUAAUUAUGGCUACAAGAAUCCAUUAGAAUACACAAACCCGAACGCCCACGAUAAUAGAGGUAUGUACGCAGGUCAAUCUACAUGCCCUCUUCUGAACUGCAACUUCACCGGUUUGUUUCAAGAAUUAUCAGAUCAUUUCAGCACCAAACAUUGGGAUUCCGGAAGGCGGUUUCAGUAUAAUUCCCCAUUACCCGUAUCAUUAGGCAUGGAUGAAACCUUUCUCGUCCUCCAAGCAGAAGACGAUGGUGUUCUUUUCUUACUCAAUAAAGGGACCGAAAAUAUCGGGCACACCGUUAUGGUAACUUGCAUCGGCCCAAGCUCCAGUAACGAGCGUUUUCUGUACUGUCUUGUGUCAGAAAGAGGAAACAGCUCGUUAAGAUUGAAAUCAUACACGCAGACUCUUCCAGGUCGGGUCGAAGGUAUUCCGCCAUCCGAUUUUCUUUUGGUUCCAUUUGGGUACCUUAAUUCGUCGGGUGAGCUGAACUUGGAGGUUUGUAUAUGGAACACUUCGGAUUUAGGUGACGUUUGAUACCGAAGACCAUUUUUUCAAGAGUUAUUGACUUUUUAGGCCGAUCAUACUUGGUUUUUUCUGUUGUAAUCAAACCAUCGUUCUUGGAGAGAUGCUAAAUGAAAGAAAACUGUUGACGAAAAAUGGCGAGUAAGAUGUUUUCUUUUGGAUUUGGGAAUUUUUACGUUUUCUCGAAUCUAUCGAUCUUACGAACCGACGUUUCUUGUGUUUUUUCAAAAGAACGAUGGUUAGUUUGUAACGGAAAUCGAAAGGGGGAAGGGUGGGUUGAUGAAAGUUUAUUUGCUGGCAUUUAGGAAAAAUGUAUGUAUGUAGUAGGAGGAUUAUGUUGAAAAUGAUGUGUUCAGUUUAUAUAUAUAGAUAUAAAAGCUUGCAAUUUCUCAUCAUAAUACUAAUGGUGUCUGUAAACCCUUGCUAUUUGCUUUGUUUCAUGUUCUUUUGUAUGUAUUAUGUAACACCCGGAUUUUAGUACGUAUA